GAACCCUUAUCAGGACAGGUUAUCAUUGCUUUGCGCAUGCGCAUUUGUCUCCGUGAUCCGACUUUAAUAAAGUGAACAAAGCAGAGUAGUAAGGAAUUAUGACCGAAACAGAGAAGCAACGAGCUAACUGGGGCAGUCACGUGGAGUUUAUCUUAACUCUGGUUGGCUUUGCUGUUGGACUCGGAAAUGUUUGGCGAUUUCCGUAUCUGUGUUUCGAAAAUGGCGGCGGGGCGUUUCUUAUACCAUAUUUUAUCUGCUUGGUUGUGAUGGGUAUACCUCUGUUUUACCUUGAGCUGAGUUUCGGCCAGUUUGCCAGCUUAGGGCCAGUUAAGAUCUGGAUUAUUAACCCUGCAAUGAAAGGUUUGGGAUAUUCUAUGAUAAUAGUGUCGGCACUCAUCAGCUUAUACUAUAACGUCAUCAUUGCCGUCUGCAUAUAUUACUUUUUCGCGAGCAUGCGCAGUACGCUUCUGUGGACGUCAUGUGACCCGGAUUGGGCGUCAUGCUUGUGUCGUGACAAUACGAUGAACAAAAGUGACCCUGACCCUUGGAAUUCAACCAGACAAGAUUGUUUGAAUUACACUUUUAAUGAGAGCAAAGUUACGAAUCCAAGUGAAGAGUAUUUCUCAAACCGAGUGCUACGUCAGACUUCAGGCCUUGACGUUACGGGAGGAAUUAGUUGGGAGCUCACACUCUGCCUUCUUCUGGCAUGGACGAUAGUAUUCCUUGUGCUAACAAAGGGCAUUAAAUCUUUGGGGAAGGUUGUAUACGUCACCGCCAUAUUUCCUUAUAUCUUGUUAACUGCACUUUUGAUUCGUGGCCUCACCUUGGAUGGAAGUAAAGAUGGAAUUGAUUUUUACCUGACACCAAAUAUUACGAAGCUUGGUGAAGCAAAGGUAUGGUCGGACGCGGCUGUACAGAUAUUUUAUUCGCUAAGCGCAUGCUCCGGAGGACUUAUUGCUAUGGCCAGUUACAACAACUUCCGGAAUAAUGUCCUCAGAGAUACGUUCCUUGUACCAGUUAUCAACUGUCUAACAAGUUUCUAUGCCGGAUUUGUUAUUUUCGCUUCACUCGGAUUCAUGGCGAAUCAAAAAGGCGUGUCAGUGAAGGACGUCGCUGCCGGAGGACCUGGAUUAGCGUUUGUUGCGUACCCAGAAGCUCUUGCGCAAAUGCCAGCGUCCCCGGUUUGGGCCGUUCUUUUCUUUCUUAUGAUGAUGAUGCUGGGAUUCAGUUCUGAGUUUUCUAUCGUUGAGACAGUUCUUACUGGAGUACUCGAUGAUUUUCCAUCCAUACGAAGGUCAAAGUAUAAAGCCAUCUUGUUCAGAGCUUCUUACUGUAUCGUUGGAUUCGUGUUAGGCCUGCCGAUGUGUACUGGGUGCGGAUUCCAUUUGCUUGAUCUUGUUGACAACGCAACUGGCGGAUUUCCUUUACUGUUUGUUGGAUUCUUUGAAGUCAUCGCAAUUGCCUAUAUAUACGGAUUUGUUAGGUUCAGAAAAGACAUACUGAUGAUGCUUGGUGACACGCCCUUACUGAGAUCUAUUUCAAAGUUUUCAUUCGUCUACUUUGGCCCAAUGUGGAUGGUCUUCACGCCACUUUGUCUUUUGGCCGUGAUCGUAUUCAAAUGUAUACAGUACAAAACUAAACACGAAGAAGAUCCUGGAGUUUUUCCGCAAUGGGCAGACGUCAUCUGGUGGCUGAUCGUUCUUACGCCCGUUUUAUGCAUUCCAUUCUGGUUCCUGGCAUAUUUCUUCCGCAAUGGAGCCUGGCGAGUACUCUGUGAUGUAAACUCGCCGAAACCGACAUGGGGACCAGCGUUGAAGGAGAACAGAGCUGGAGUCUAUGGUGAUCUAGAGAUGACGCCAUCAGGAUUCGUUUCAGAUAAAUUCAAAAUGAAUGAUUCGAAUAGUGACUUGGGCUAUGACUCAUCAAAAGGGCUAGAGGAAACUAACGGCAAAUUUGGCAAUGGAUUAACACAAUUUGACAACGAGGGCUAUACCACCGAGAAAUUUUGAGUGACGUCAUAAAGAAUAAACACGUGACAUAUAUUUACGAAUGGUCGCGGACCCCGUAAUAGCAUUCGGUAAUUUCCGUAUGGUCACGUGUUUGGUCUUCCAUAGCCAAUAGGUUGAUAACAAACGGGUAGAAUAUAUUUACAUACAGAAAUAAACGAAUGCUGUUACCGGGGUGGAUCAAUGUUGGUAAAAAGCACGUUGAAUUUGCCAUUUGAACUGCAUAAAUAUAUUGUUGAUACAAAAAAGAAUAAAAGAUAUAACUGAUAAAAGCGAUAAAAUGCCAAAUAAAAUGUCAGUAAUCCAUUUAGAUUUUGUAACGCCCUGUCUUUUUUGGGCUUCCGGUUGAGAGUUAUAAAUACAUACAAAGCUAUCAAAAUGUUUGAUUUCGUGUAAACACCUAGCUAUGUUACAUUCAAAUAAGAACGGAUCACAUUGACAAAGACAGAAAUAUUGAAAAAUAUCAAGACCUUUUAAAACACUGUGUCUGUACAAUUAAAAAAUCCUCGAGGCCAAAGUUCGAAUAUGUCCACUGCCUUUAUUAGCAUCACAUCGUGUGAAAGACUUUUCUCAUAGGUCUAACACCACCAAUACUUGGUUAUAGAAUAGUUGCACUGUAUGAUACAUACACUUGACUGGCGUAGUCAUAGGUCUUACGCCACUAAAUAAAUUAUAGCAAAUGCACAAAUAUUUCUCUUUCGUAGGUUUAACACCACUAUUUCAACUGUAUAAAAUACACGAUUUAUUGUUUUUUUGUCGUAGGUCCAACAUAACUAAAUAAUAUAUUAAUUAUACAUUAUCGUUUUUAUUCAACAAUCAAACCAGACGAAUGACGUAAUGUAUAUAAUUUGAAUAAAAGACGAUCUCUUUUCUUUUUAUUUGCUAUAUACAUAGUACAUUUAUAUGCCAAAGCUCAAAUUAUAGUUAAAAUUUAAAGUUUACACUUAUAACAUUAGUAGCUUCGUAUACUAUUCAGACGUUUUCUCCUAAUAAAUUUAUAUAAAUAUAUAUGUAAGUAUUUUGUAGCGAAUACGCAUGCGUGGAUAUGCACGUGCGCUUAUGUGUUAUUGCUUUUGUUGAUAAUUCAGAGUUUUAAAUUAACAUAUCACAAAUUAAUAUAUAAUAUGUUCUGCUUGCUCGCUUUUAACCUUUUCCCUCAUAGAGACGUGUUUUGUCGGCUUUUUGCUCACAAAUGUUGUUUAAAAAAGUGACCACUUUUUCGGUGCCGCCCCAUCAAAAUGAUACAUCAGGGGGUUGGCCUCUGUUGGGGGGCGAAGGGGGCGGUAGUCCCCCGUAUCGCCAAAAUAAAAAGCUUAAAAACAUCAAUUAUUUUCACCAAAAUUAGGUGAAAGGCCACAUGUUAACAUGUUAUAAAUCUAUUGAUAUGCAUAUCUACAGGCCACAACACAUCUUUUUUGACACGUGGUCAGCUAGACCCCUGGAUUUAAAAUACAGGUGGUCUUGCUCAAAGUUUGGCUUGACUAUUCCGAAAAAGAGAGAGAACUAAAAAUAAAAGUAGUAGAAAUGUUAACAAAGAUAACUUCCAUACAAAACUAUAACGACAUCGAAAAUGAAAUGAUUCAAGCAUAAAAGCAUUUCUUGGACAUAAAGGGAAUUCACUGUACUGAUUCCAGAACGUGUACAUUUAACUUGCUUCAUGUACCGAAUAUUUACCGCUCACAUUUGUAAAAUACGGAAAUAGACGAUUUUACCCGAACUUUCAGGAGCUAAAGUAAAUGCAAAAUCUUCAAUUCGUUGUAAUUGACAAAAAGUGUAACUAUGUUUUUCGAUUUAUGUGUGAGUUUUUCGAUUUAUGUGUGAGAACCGUUAAUAUUUUGCUACAUUUUUACUUUACAUCUUGUUUCAAGAAAAACUAAAAAAAAUACGCAUUUUGCCUAGCUUAAGUGUUCAUUUUGUAAAAAGAAAUUAUAAAUAUACAAAAAAUAUGUCAAUAAAGUUUGUAAAUAUUGUUAAA